UUAGAGUUUUGGCUCCCGGGAAAGGUUCCAUUCCUCGGGGAUGGAGGGCUGAGUUUUGUCGGCUUCCCAUCCAUCCUGCAAGACGCGAGCCGGGCCCCCUCGCCAAGCCCUCUCCUCUGCGCCCAGGAACCCACCUCCAUGGUAAUCAUUUCUCCCUUUUCCCCCCGUUUAUUUGUCUUUUGGAGCAGAGCAGCCUUUGGCAGAAGUGGUCGAUUCAGCAGCCUCCUGAAGCUUGUGGUUCGCGAGGGGCUUGCCUUCUUUUUUUAUUUUUGGCUUCUUGUUUUGUGUGUUGUUGUUUUUUGUGUGUGCGUGCGUGUGUUUGGACACUGUUUGGACACUGGGAUGACACCACGUUGAGAAGGAGCCGCGGCAGCCCGGUUAUUUAUUGGUGAAAGGCAAGAAGGAGAAGAAGAAAAGAAAAAGAAAAGAAAAAAAGAAAGGAGGUGGAAAAGCAACGUUUGCGACUUUUGAAAAAAACACCACCAGAAACAACAACAACAACCAAAAACUUAAUUUUUUCACCCCUCCCUUCAACCCCUGCGGGUUUUGCUUUUGUGUGUGUUGUGUUUUUGUUGUUGUGUUUUUUUAAAAGGGGGAAAAUACACCCCCCAAAUCCUCCAAACUGGAACGGCAUCCAAGUAAAGCUGCUCCGUCUCCGUGCCAAAAUAGAGGGACAGAUUGAAGGCGGACGGAGGACUUGAACUGGGCUUUUCUCCUCCUGAUCGCGGGGAGUAAAAGCCACCUCGCCAAGGAGAGCGGGAAGGAAGGCAAGAAAAAAGAAAAGAAAAAGAAAAGACAGACAGACAGAGAGAGAGAGAAAGAGAGGGGGAGGAGAGAGAGAGAGAGCAAGAGAAGAGAAGAGGAGCCCCUCCGCCGCCAUCAACUACUACCCCCCACCCCCUCGAGCUGACAUUUCUCAUCAUUUCCGAGCCCCAUUUGGAGAGGAGCUGGUGUCGCCCCCCAAAAUUGUUUUAAUGUUUGGGAUCCAGGAAAAUAUACCACGAGGUGGGACGACCAUGAAAGAAGAACCGCUGGGUAGUGGGAUGAACCCAGUCCGGUCAUGGAUGCAUACCGCGGGGGUCGUGGAUGCUAACACAGCCGCCCAAAGCGGAGUGGGUUUGGCUCGGGCGCAUUUCGAGAAGCAGCCGCCUUCCAAUCUCCGAAAAUCCAAUUUUUUCCACUUCGUCUUAGCUCUGUACGACAGACAGGGGCAGCCGGUGGAGAUUGAAAGGACAGCCUUCGUGGACUUUGUGGAAAAAGAUAAAGAGCCCAACAAUGAAAAAACCAACAAUGGGAUUCACUAUAAACUCCAGUUAUUGUACAGCAAUGGAGUUAGAACGGAACAGGAUUUGUACGUUCGGUUGAUAGAUUCAAUGACCAAACAGGCGAUCGUCUACGAAGGGCAAGACAAAAACCCCGAAAUGUGCCGAGUGCUCCUCACUCACGAUUACUUUUGCAGCCGGUGUUGUGACAAGAAAAGUUGUGGUAACAGAAAUGAAACACCUUCAGACCCUGUUAUCAUUGACAGAUUUUUUCUAAAGUUUUUCCUCAAGUGCAAUCAAAACUGUUUGAAGAAUGCAGGCAACCCACGAGAUAUGCGAAGAUUCCAGGUUGUUGUAUCAACAACAGUCAAUGUGGACGGCCACGUUCUGGCUGUCUCAGACAACAUGUUUGUACACAACAACUCUAAACAUGGAAGGCGGGCUCGCCGCCUUGACCCCUCAGAAGCCACACCUUGUAUAAAGGCCAUCAGUCCUAGUGAAGGUUGGACAACUGGUGGAGCCACAGUCAUCAUAAUCGGCGACAACUUCUUUGAUGGCUUGCAAGUUGUUUUUGGAACGAUGUUGGUGUGGAGUGAGCUGAUAACACCUCAUGCCAUCAGAGUUCAAACCCCACCACGGCACAUUCCUGGCGUUGUUGAAGUAACUUUGUCCUACAAAUCCAAACAGUUCUGUAAAGGUGCUCCUGGACGGUUUGUCUAUACUGCUCUUAAUGAACCAACAAUAGAUUAUGGAUUCCAGAGGUUGCAGAAAGUCAUUCCACGGCAUCCAGGUGAUCCAGAACGGUUACCGAAGGAAGUAUUACUUAAAAGAGCAGCUGAUCUCGUUGAAGCUCUGUAUGGCAUGCCCCACAACAACCAGGAAAUAAUCCUGAAAAGAGCAGCCGAUAUUGCAGAAGCGUUAUACAGUGUGCCACGUAAUCACAAUCAGAUCCCAACACUUGCCAACACACCAGCUCAUACUGGGAUGAUGGGAGUAAACUCAUUUAGCAGCCAGCUAGCAGUUAAUGUUUCAGAAACAUCACAAGCUAAUGAUCAAGUAGGUUACAGUCGCAACACAAGCAGUGUUUCCCCGCGAGGAUAUGUUCCGAGCAGUACUCCUCAGCAGUCCAAUUACAACACAGUCAGCAAUAGCAUGAAUGGAUAUGGCAAUGCUGGAAUGCCUAAUCUUGGUGUACCUGGUUCCCCUGGAUUUCUUAAUGGUUCCUCAGCUAAUUCCCCUUAUGGCAUAGUGCCGUCAAGCCCUACCAUGGCAGCCUCUUCGGUCACCCUCCCUUCAAACUGUAGCAGUACACACGGCAUUUUCUCAUUCUCACCUGCCAAUGUCAUCUCUGCAGUGAAACAAAAGAGCGCCUUUGCUCCUGUUGUCAGGCCCCAAGCUUCUCCUCCACCAUCUUGCACCAGUGCAAAUGGAAAUGGACUUCAAGCUAUGUCUGGGCUUGUAGUCCCACCAAUGUAAAUUCAUAUUUGUUUACCUACUGUAGCACCAAGCUUCAGAAGAUGAGAUUUUUAGGGGACAAGUUUAGUAUAUAAGACAUGCUGAUGGUACCAGUAUCUUCAAAAUACAAUCAGCAAAACAUUGAAAUACUAAAAAAAAAAAAAAAACUUUGUUUAAAGAUUUUAUUUAAACUACUAAGAAUCUACAUGCAAACAAUCGACUUCUUCAUGAACAAUUCCAUUUUAUUGACUGAACUACUCCCAUAUUUUCACAUUUCUUGGUCCUGAAGAAUAAGGAAAAAGCGACGCCUAUUUUGUAUAAAGUUUCUGAUUACGUCUUGGCUAUGUCUAGUACUUGCUAUGUGUCGGGAAAAACUUUGUGGAUGCACCAUUUUGAUUAUCAUGAAACACUGAUGAAAAAUGCCUCCAAAACAUUUUUCUGUACUCAUAACUAGAUUCACAAUGGUUGUGUAUCUCUAUAAUGUGAAAUAUUUUUUUGUGGUGAAAAAAGGGGGCCAAGGAGGUUAUGAGCCAUCAAAACUGGAAAAAAAAGGAUGAAUAUAUGAUUUGGGAUAAUUUGGG